AAAAUGCACCCAGCAGAGCCUGGAGAGAUCCGUGCUUCCUGUAUGUGGCAGGUCUGCCUAAAGAAUGAGAUCAGAAAGCAAAAGAGAAUUCACGACUUCAUGUAAUUCUUUAUGUACCAUUAGUAUUACGUGGUAUCACUGUAAAUAUGAAUGUUCUAAAUGUCCCAAAAGCAUGUGAGUUACCCAGAGGACCAAAAUGGAGAUGGGACCCCAGUACGACCUGUCCAGACUGCCGGAAAAUACAGCACUCAAGCAGCAAACGUUGCCCGCCCAACAGCUAAAUUUAUCUGCCUCCAUCGUCCUCUCUAUCUUUUUCGCCACAGGAGGAUUCUGCCUCUCUGUGGGCGUCAUCCUUCUAUUGUUUGCGAAGAGCACCAAGGAAAUUGAGAUAAAUUACACAAACAUGUGUGCAAAUUGCGCUCAGCUACGGGAAGAUAGUUCUAAUUUUGACAAAGAAUGCAACUGUUCUCUUCCCUUUUACCUUCCGGAGAAAAUGGAGGGCGAUGUUUAUAUGUACUACAAAUUGUACGGUUUCUAUCAGAAUCUCUAUCGAUAUAUUUUAUCAAGAAGCAAUAGCCAAUUGGUGGGUAAGGAUAUUUGGGAUACUACGAACUGUUCUCCAUUCCAAGUGUCCGAAAAUGACACUCCCAUCAUUCCCUGUGGCGCGAUUGCCAACAGCAUAUUCAACGAUACCAUAACUCUUUCAUACAACCUGAACUCAUCUACACAGAUAGAAGUCCCGAUGCUAAGGAGUGGGCUUACGUGGUGGACAGAUAAGUAUGUCAAAUUCCGGAAUCCGAGAACCAGCAACUUUACUAGUACAUUUGCAGGAAGUUCAAAGCCUCUGCACUGGGCCAAACCUGUCUAUGAACUGGAUCUAGAAGACCCAGGAAACAAUGGCUUCGUCAACGAGGACUUCAUUGUGUGGAUGCGGACUGCUGCCUUUCCCACUUUCAGAAAACUGUACCGCAGACUCAGGCGCGAGGACUCUUUCGCUGACGGCUUACCUGCGGGCAACUACAGUUUGAGCAUCUCCUACAAUUUUCCAGUGACCAUGUUCCAAGGAGAGAAGUCCGUUAUCCUUUCCACCCUGACAUGGUUCGGGGGAGGAGGCCUUUUCUUGGGACUCACCUACACAGUGACAGGGGCACUGACGCUGUUGGCCUCUUUUGUCAUCCUGGCAAUUCACUUGAAACUGAAAAGGAAUAAACUGAGUUUCCUGUAGAUUUAAAGAGAAGACACGCAGAAGGUGGCAGCAGACGGAGGAAUAAUAGAAUCAAAGGUCUCCAGCAAACCUUGAGAUGUUUCUGAGCCAUGUCAAGGAGAGGUGCUGGAUUGACGGAAUCCAAUAUAAACCUAACUACACGGAUAAAUGAUGAGGUUCCCAGAGCGGGGCGAAGAGGAGAAGCAAAACUAUAUGUACAGUAAAAUGUUCUUGGAAUAAAGAUAAUACAUGUUU